AUGUCUCGUAUAAACAGUAAAGAUAAACACAGAGUUAGUAGUGUUCGAAAAUAUAUGCAUGUAGAAAACAAUAGUACUACUAGUGAACAAGAAGAAACCCAACUUAAUACUAAAAAUUCAAAUAAUCCGAGUUACGUAUGGCAUCAUUUUAUAGUUUUAGAAAAUAAGGUCCAUGCUCAAUGCCAAAUAUGUGAUAGGAAAGGAAAAAGUGUAAAGUAUAAAUUUCACGGCACUACAAGCAAUAUAAUAUAUCAUUUAGAAACUGAACAUGAAAUCACGAAAAAAAAUCCUACAGGCAAUGUGGAAGAUGAAAAUAUUGAAGAUUUUUUUGAAGUUGCUCACGGGAAGGCUGCUCGCAAAAAACAGCCAAUUAUUGAAAUCGCCAUGUUAACUUGGAUGAUUGAUGACUGUCAACCACUUUAUCUUUUACGAGUUCCAAGUGAUGAUAAAGCACGACGUAUGAUUAUUAAUGCAUAUACCCAAUCAACUAGACAACUUACUGAAUUAUUACAAGAUACUUAUUCUGUCAGUCUCAAUGCUACUGAUGCAUUCAAAAAACGUAUUACAAAUCUUAUUUUAUUUUUUAAUAGUAGUCCUAAGAAUACAGAAAAUCUUAGAGAUGCACAGUGCAAGUUAAACUAUCAAAAGGUGUAUGAAGUUCUUUUGGAUGUUCCACCUUUUUAUGAGGCAACAAAAAUGCUAUCAGGGGUUUCAUAUGCUACGCUUAAUAUGGUUUGUUGUACCAUACACUAUCUUAAGAAAACCAUAGCUCCACCAAAUAAUAAAGAUGAAGACUAUUAUGCAGAAUUGUUGUAUGGAGAAUUAGAUGUAACUGCAAGUCAAAGUUCAUCAACUAAUAUAUAUUCAGAUGAUGAAAUUAUUGAUUUGGCAGUUCGUGCUGAUCAAUCUCUUAGUAUAUUACAUGGUCGUGUUCAAAAAUAUAAAAAUACACCAGUUAUUAGUCAGCAAAAUUCUGAUCCACGGUUUAAGAAACAUCGAACUAUUGAACCACCAGUUACUAUUACGAAUAUGUUAGAACAGAUUAAAGCUACAGUUUAUCUAAGCAUGUGCCAGUAUUGGGACAUUCCAAAGGAAAUUACUUUACUUUCGGCAUUGUUGGACCCUGAUACAAAAAGCUUAAAAGAAUCGAUUGAUAACUUAUAUAAUAAUUUACCUAAGUUAUCACUUACGAAUGAACCACCAAAUGUUAAUCAAGUUAACUAUUUUUUACUUGGACUAUCUAAUGAUUCAGAUGAAGAAGAAAGAAUAUAA